AUGAGUGGUCAAACUUAUCUAGCAACACCAGCGGCAGUGCCAGAGUUAGGCAUCCCGGAAUCAUCCUCUACCGUCGAUGUUCGCAUCAUCGACACGACUGGAUAUGGUGAAGUCUCGACGUCGGUGGUUUUUACGCCUCAACUGCCAGGGCACGACAAGUUCAUCUUUCCCUCCUACUCAUUCCUCAUCAGCAACGACAAGAACGGUAAGCACAUUCUAUUCGACCUGGGCAUGCGAAAGGACUGGGAGACUUUCAUGCCUGAACCAACCAUUGGCUUCGUGAAGCAGAUCAUGCCAUUCACGGUGCAGUCGAACGUCGAUGAGAUCCUCGAUGCAGAUGUUGCGAAGAUAGGAAUUACGACCAAAGACAUCUCGGCUGUCAUCUGGUCGCAUCACCAUUUCGACCACCGUGGCGAUCUUUCUCCGUUCGACUCGAAUACCCAAUUGAUCGUCGGGCCCGGGUUCAUGAAGGCAUACUCUCCAGGAUACCCUACAGAUCCCAAGAGCACUAUCCAGGAGACAGAGCUCACCAGUAACCCCGUACGUGAGCUCGACGACUCCGCUUUCACGCUAAAGCUGGGACGUGUGCCAGCUCACGAUUAUUUUGGCGACGGAUCCUUCUACAUUCUCUCGACUCCAGGCCACACAACCGGCCACCUCGCUGCACUGGCCCGUGUGACCAGCGAGUCCAAUGGCUCAUCAACGUUCGUUCUCCUCGGAGGUGACUGCGCGCAUCAUCCAGGCGUAUUCAGACCCACCGAAUAUCUACCCAUCCCGGAAAAGGUGCCCGAGGCGCCUCGCUCGAAAUUUGGCACCUCACCUUGUCCCGGCGUCUGGCUGCAGAAGUACGUACACCCUCAGAAAUCCGCCACAGAACCCUUCCUAAAGGCAAAUCUGGUUGUCUAUGAAAACCCCGAAUAUGGCCUGCACAGCCUUUCCGCGAUGCAGGAAUUCGAUGCUAGUCCUGAUAUUUUGGUCUGCAUCGCUCAUGAUGCUGGACUGUUGGGGAAUAUUGACUUUUACCCUGACAAGUUAAAUGGGUGGAAGGCGAAGGGGCUCAAGAACGCCGUGCAUUGGAAUUUCUGUGGCGAUUUCGAUGUCAAGGCUGCAAAGGAGAAGGCUGCUGCUGCUUGA